CGCUGUCUUAUUCCUCCUCAUAUUUGCCUAAUCCUCCUCUAUUUAUAGUUAGCAUUCCUGCCAAAUUAAGCACUUCCCAUUUCCCCGCCCCGCCGCAUGUGGCGUCCUGCAAGCUUCUCCGAGCUCAAGGAAACCAUCCAAUUUAAUUCUGCGAACACAAGCCACCAAAUGCAUGCUCCCCAAAACUCUCUUAAUUUACCCUUCUUUCCCUCCACCCCGACCCUUCUUUUUUUUUUUUUUUUUUUUUUUUUUUUUUUUUUUUUUUUUAAAUUUUACUUUUUGUCUCUCUUCUCCUCCAUCAUAAUUCACAACAACGUGCUGAAACUCCUCCCGCGAAUGGAUUUGGUCUCCUCUCCCAAAUCCUCCUGCUCGAGGGAGCUUCAACAGACCUACCAGCAGUGGUUCUCCGUUGCCGAUUCUGAUGGAGAUGGACGCAUCACGGGGAAGGAUGCACUCAAGUUCUUUGCCAUGUCCAAGCUUUCCCGGCCCGAACUCAAACAGGUGUGGGCUAUUGCUGAUUCUAAAAGACAAGGAUUUCUGGGUUUCCAAGAGUUUAUUGGUGCAAUGCAGCUUGUUUCCCUAGCACAAGAAGGGCACGAAAUUAAUCAAGAUAUUCUUAGUAAUGCAGAUUUGGAGAGCUUGAAACCUCCAGCUAUGGAAGGUUUGGAUAUAUUACUAGCUAAAAAGAAGCGGUCAGAAAAGAAGUCAGAUCCGAAUCUCGAUGCACCUCGUCAGCCCGAGGCACCACCUUCAGCUCGUUGGUUUAGUUCAAAAUCAUCAAAAAAGAUACCUCUAAAAUCAGUAACUUCAAUUGUUGAUGGGUUAAAGAAAUUAUACAUUGAAAAACUGAAGCCUUUGGAAGUGACCUAUCAAUUCAAUGAUUUCGUUUCUCCUCUAUUGGUAAGUAAUAGACCCUUCGUUAUAUCUGAUGAGUUAUUUUCUUUAGCAUUGGAAAGUAGUUUGAUGGGGAAACAGCUAAUGAGAGUCUAUGGAGCAUUGUUGUGGUCGCUUGGAAAAGUACUUAACACCCCUGAAGUCAUGCGUGUUUAUAUUGGUUCCUUUAAUGACAAACCAGUAAAUGAAGCUGCCAUUGGUCCAAUUGGGAAGGAACUGUUUGAGAGAGAACAAGAGGACCUGCUUUCUGAUCUGAAAGAUAUUCCUAAGAAGGCUUGCGACCGCCGUAUCAAUGAAUUUGUCAAGCGUGCAAGAGCGGCCAAAAUUCAUGCUUAUAUAAUCAGCCACUUGAAGAAGGAAAUGCCUGCAAUGAUGGGCAAGGCCAAGACUCAGCAGAGACUCAUAGAUAACCUCGAGGAUGAGUUUGCGAAGGUUCAAAAGGAGUUCCAUCUACCACCAGGGGAUUUUCCAAAUGUCGAGCAGUUCAGAGAGGUUUUAAGUGGCUACAACAUCGACAAGUUCGAGAAGCUAAAGCCAAAGAUGGUGCAGGCUGUGGAUGAUAUGCUCGCAUUUGACAUCCCAGAACUCCUCAGAAAAUUCAGAAAUCCUUAUGAAUGAAAAGGCAUCGCAAAUGCCUAACCGUGUAUUUUUUUUAUAUUCUUUUUUCACCAAGAAAUUAUUGAAAACAGGUUCCAUGGGGAGAUGUAUUUGCAUCAUGAGAACAUACAAAGUUUAAGCUCUGUCUCAAUCAAAUAUUCAUUCUUUUUUAUGUUGUUGUAAAGUUGUUUAAAAUUUGAGGCCAUGAUAGUUUUGUACACAUACCUCAAAGGUAAUUUGUAGUUACUGAACACACGGAGUUAUACUGUGAUCUUAAUAUUUCUGCUUCUGCUGUAAA